GAACUAUUAGCUGCUAACCUAGGAGGAGAAAACGUAAUCCUGGGAACGGAUUGGCUACAUGAACAUAACCCGCAAAUCAAUUGGGUAAAGAACAGUCUUACGUUCUCCACCUGCGCCACCACAUGUCUAGUCAGCCAAUCUAAAUUCACCAUACAGGCGCUGGUACCCACCCAGUAA